AUGGCGGCGCCCAUGCUGAGCGCGGCGCUGUACGGCGUACGGAGCGGGCGGCCCUUCGGCACCGCCGCCGCGCGGUGCCGGCGCGCCGCCCCGCUCGGGCCCAUGCCCAACGAGGACCUGGAGGGCCGCGACGUGGAGGCGCUGCCCAAGUACCGCAGCUUCAGCCGCUACUUCAGGCUGGCCGAGGCGGAGAGCAGCAAGCCGCGCUGGUGGAAGACGUACCGGCAGUACACGGUCCCCGCGCCAGAGCCCAAGAUUGACAUCAGCCUGCCGCGUGAGAAACCGCUGCGGAUGGAGAAAYUCAAGGAAAGAAAAAGGAUCCUGCGGCAGAACCACCAGGAUGCCGAGAUGGAGAGAGCGGCGCGUCUCCGAACAGAGCUCAUCCCUCUGGAUGAAGUCAGAGCUGAGUGGGAGAAGACCUGUGGCCCGUUCCACAAGCAGCGCGUGGCAGAGCACUACGGGAUAUUUCGGGAUUUGUUCAAGGAGGCCACAUUCACCCCCAGCGUUACUCUGAGGGUGGGAUACAACCAGGAAGAUGAGGAUGUGGUGCCAGUCUAUCAUGGGAACAUGGUGACUCCAUCAGAGGCUUCCAGUCCCCCUGAAGUGUCAUAUGAAGCAGAUAAAGACUCCUUGUGGACUCUGUUACUCACAAAUCCAGAUGGACAUUUAAGAGACACCGACUCAGAGUACCUCCACUGGCUGGUGACAAACAUCCCAGGCAAUGACAUCAAGUCGGGAAAGGAGAUUUGCCAUUACCUGCCCCCUUUCCCUGCCAGAGGAACCGGUUACCAUCGCUUCAUCUUCCUCCUCUUCAAGCAAGACUGCCCGAUAGAUUUCAGUGAGGAUGUUCGACCAGUGCCGUGCUACAGUCUCAAGAUGAGAACCUUCAAGACGUUUGACUUCUACGAGAAGUAUCAGGACCACAUGACCGCGGCAGGGCUGGCGUUUUUCCAGUGUCAGUGGGACUGUUCYGUUACCCAGAUCUUUCAUCAGCUUCUCAAUAUGAAGGAGCCGGUGUUUGAGUUUGUGCGGCCGCCCGUGUACCAUCCUCCGCAGCAGAAGUUCCCACGGCGGCAGAUUCUGAGGUACCUGGACAGGUACCGAGAUACCAAGGAACCCACCUACGGCAUUUACUAGGGCCUGGCCUCCCCUCGCCGUGCCCCGAGGCACCCGAGGACACAGGCCCAGAACGUGGGACUGGCGGCUUCUCCCUGCGUUUGCAGAACUGGUGUCAGGAGCAGUCUGCACCUGCAGAGAAAGACACCUAAAKACACCUGGAGCUCUCUGGCUCGAGGUUCUGUUUUGCUGUCACUACUAGGAAGCAACUGAGAGCAACAGGCGUUGCAGUGCUGGUAAUUGUGUGGUCAUAAGGCUACUUAAGAGCCUGUUAAUGUUUGAGAACAAAUCUAUGUGUGGGCUGAAAUCUUGCUACUGUGCCAGAGCUGGURAAUAAGGGCGCUAGGGUAGAGCAGCAGAGAUGCUCUGCCGUGUUUCUCUGAAGGUUCAGAGCGCUGGUUUUGUCCGUUUUACAGUGCAAGUGGAGCUAGCCUGACCCUGUGUCUUCUCUUCCACGUGCUGCAGUUCAAGACUGUGUUGGCUCUUUUUUUGUACAGUCCUCUUAAAAACCUGAGUCUGAUUAAACACCU